UUUAGCAAUUGGUCUGAUGGUCCUCACUGCGCAUGCGGCAGCGGCCUGGAGUGACUAAAGACGCCGUCGACGUUGUUGCUGCCACUAGCGGGAGAGACGAAGUAGUUUCUAGCCUCUUUUUUUAGCACUUUAAACAACCGGCUUUGCCUCUUUACACUUGUUUCUUAUCGAGGUCUUGUGGUGUACUCUACCUUCAUUUCUUUUUUACACAAUGCCGCGUGGUGGGAAAAAGGGCCACAAGGGCAGAGGGAAGCAGUUCAGCAACCCAGAAGAGAUUGAUCGGCAGAUGAGGGCCCAGAAAGAGUUGGAAGAAAGUGGUGGUGCAGAGAAGGAGCACUCUUCUGGGUCUGAUGAGAGCAGCAGUGAUGAGGAAUCAGACUCUAAAAAGAGAAGUGGCGUUGAGGGGCUUAUAGAGAUCGAGAAUCCCAACCGCGUGUCUCAGAAGAGCAAGAAGGUGACUGAAAUAGAUGUCAGUGCUCCCAAAGAGCUGUCUCGCAGAGAGAGAGAGGAGAUAGAGAAGCAAAAGUCAAAGGAACGCUACAUGAAGCUUCAUCUGGAGGGUAAAACUGAUCAGGCAAGGGCUGACCUGGCCAGACUGGCGAUCAUCAAGAAACAGAGGGAGGAGGCUGCCAAGAAGAGAGAUGAACUCAGGAAAGAAAAAGAAGCUGAAGAGGCCAAAGCAAAGCGCUAGCGCUUCACCUGAAAGCAUAGACAUGCACUUCAGUCUGAGGGGUGAAAGGAGGAGGAGAUCUGGAGGACUUGGAGGGGACCAAUAUAAGCAACGUCAGAUCAGGGCUACUGCUGGACAGCUCCUGUCCCUCGCUUUAUAUGAGGGGGACGGGGAUCGUCUGUGGCCAUGCCGUCAGAACAGGGGAAAACAGGUGAAGAGGGAUGCAACAUUUGGAAUGCCUUGUUUUGUUUUUUUUGAGGUUCAAAGAGAGGCAUUGACAGGUUUUCCAUGUGCCUUGCAGCCUUUUCAUUCCUCUCUUACCAGGAUUUUAAUUCAAAAGCUGCUAAAAGUCCCACUCCUUAUGAUUAAUAUGUUUUUACAAAGGUUAUGUAACAGAGCUUUCCUGAGCGGGUAUUACAGUGAGGAUUUCUUUGGUGCUUUACUCUUCCUUUAAUUUGUUCCAUGCGACUGGAAACUGAGUGAUGGUGGAGCAAAUUAAACUAUUCUGAAGGAAAUUUGAUGUAUACACUCAGUUUCUGGCUUCACUGGUUUGUCCCGGAUUUAUAACCACAUGCUGUAUCACAGCGUUUAAUUGAGUCAACAGUUAAAUGGAUUUGUUGCAUAAAAUGUAUUUGUCCCCCCUCUUCUAACAGCGAAAAUUCAAUAAAACCAGAAUCUUCUUUUUUUCCCCCCCCUCUCCAUUUGUUCUACCGUAGGUUUGGCUAUGUUGCAAAACAAUUUGGUGUCUUUUACCAUCUGAAAGAUAUUCUCCAACAUCCUUUACUCCUUUUCAGUCAACAUAUGUCCCCUCAUUCAAAAGUUUCAGCUAUAUAACUUCUCAAAGCUUCAGGAAUAAUACUUGAAAUUCCUUAAACUAGUAUUCUUUAGUUGAAGAGCAUCAUAACUGGGAGACUCAGUCUCAGACCGCCUCAGUAACUGGAUUAUCAUGGAUGGGUCCUGUGUACAUGUGCAGAGAUUCUUUUGUUGCUUUUUUCCCCCCCUCUAAAGUUUAUACUUGACCAAGUCACUGUUUUUCUCCACUUAUGGAAGAGCUAUAGAAAAUAAAACAACUACAGUAAGUUAAUUUGCAGAUCACAUUAUUGCAUCAGAACUGUGUUCGUUUAGCAUGUCGUUUUUGGGUUUGCAACAAUCGUUGGAACCACAAAAUGUAAGAAACGUAGCAUGGCACAGUGUGACAAUUCCUCAUUUUCCAUCCUGUAAUUGAAGGCUUUUUAAAGAAUAAAAAUUCUGUGUCAAUACUGUUAAA